AUGGAGGACAAAGACAGCUCUAAGUUGAACAUUGCCAUUAUCCACCCUGAUCUUGGGAUAGAAAGGUUAAUUGUUGAUGCAGCUGUAGAGCUCUCGUCCAAGGGCCAUAAUGUUCAUAUAUUUACUUCAUACCAUGACAAAACGCGUUGCUUUGAGGAGACAGUCUCUGGUACUUUUCCUGUCACGGUAUAUGGUGCUUUCCUGCCUCGGCAUAUCUUUUACCGUCUCCAUGCAGUGUGUGCAUAUUUACGGUGCAUAUUCGUUGCUCUCUGUGUUCUCUUUUUCUAUCCUUCGUUCGAUGUUGUGAUAGCCGAUCAGGUUUCAAUCGUAAUUCCACUGAUGAAGAUGAAAAGGCGGUCAAAGGUUAUCUUUUACUGUCAUUUUCCAGACCUGUUGUUGGCUCAACAUACGACAACUCUUAGGAGAAUCUAUCGAAAACCGAUAGACUUUUUGGAAGAAAUAACAACAGGUAUGGCCGACUUGAUUCUUGUAAACAGUAAGUUUACUGCAUCUACUUUCGCGAAGACUUUCAAGCAUUUAAAUUCACGAGGGAUUAGGCCAGCCGUGCUCUAUCCAGCUGUCAAUGUGGAUCAGUUUGGUGAAUCUAAUGCUACUAAGUUGAGUUUCCUGUCCAUUAAUCGUUUUGAAAGGAAAAAGAACAUAGAAUUAGCUAUAUCUGCAUUUGCUAUGAUCUGCAACAGCCAACAGGGUUUUCUCGAAGGUGACAGCAAAGACGUGCUUUCCUUGAUUGUUGCAGGUGGCUUUGAUAGACGGCUCAGAGAGAAUGUAGAGUAUCUCGAUGAAUUGAAAGCUUUGGCCGAACGAGAAGGCGUAACUAACCAAGUCCAAUUCAUUACAUCGUGUCCCACAACCGAAAGAAAUACUCUCCUUUCACAAUGUCUCUGCGUGCUCUAUACACCUCAGUGUUUUGCACCUAAUUUGAGCUACGCCUUUAUGCCACUGGAAUCGGCAUCGGAACAGGAGGGGGAGGUUAAUGACUUCUGA